AUGGCGGUCCAAUCACUUACGACGCUGCCCGCUUGGCCGUCUUCGUCAGUCCGCAAAGACUUGACGCCGACCCAGCAAUCUUCGUUAUUGUCCACUGUCUCCAACUCCCUCUCUAAUGCGAUCUCAAUCACUACCACGACUAAGAAUGCGAAGUCAUCGACUGGAAAAACCACCAAGGCGACAGACAGUCUGGCGACCUCAACGAUAACCUUUCUCCGAUCGUACCUGCUCGAUCAGGCUUUUCAAAAGUUACAGGCAGCUAUCUGGGUGACGGAAGAUGAAAAAUCGCCUUCGGAGAAAGCUAUUCAUGCCAAAGUCUUGAAGCUGACAGAGCGUCUGGCUGAAGAAGGCGGCUUGGACGACCUCAAAAUCCUCACGGAUCUGGCCAUUGUCUACGCACGAUCAUCGCCAUCCAAGCUUCGCCAUAUCUUCAACCUGUGUGCCUUGAACAGCCCAAAUGUCGUGACAGAAGUCGAAACAGCACUCGUACCGAGUUUCACAGCCAUCCUGCAAUCGACUCAAGGACUGUACAACCAACGAAAGGCAGCUGAAGUGAUCUACUGCUUCAUGGUAGCUUGCUCAGGGGCCUCCAAAAUCCCAGGAAUUCCCGACGCACCUCUCUUAGCUCCAUUUAUCAAGCACGUACCCUUCAUCACCGCCCUGUCAAACCUGUAUCUCCCUGGCCUCAGUUCUACCGCCUGGUCGUACGGCGGGACGCGCGCCCUGCUUUCAGCCAUCUCGGCUGUGGGUACCACAGCUGAAGUUGACCCAACGGAAUGGACCACUAUUUGGGUGAAGACCAAACUCACCCUCAUCGACAGCUUCCACCUACUCUUCAAACAAUCUCUCGCCAACCUCACCCAAGCUAAUGGACCGCAACAACUAGCAGAGCAAGCCGAAACUAUCUUUUCAGCUAUUUUCGCCAUGUUGGAAACGUCCACUAACGGCUCUGACGAGUCGACAUCGUCAGGAGCGACACCUCCGACCCCGUUCCUCAAUUUGACGCUAUUGCAGGAUUAUCAGCGUAGCCAUGAUCUGACGCAGCUCCUCACCGGGGCACUCAGCAAGGCGCAAGAAAGGGAUGCUCGCUUGGAUAUCCUGGAGAGCACCUUGGUGGAACACGGCUCUUAUUCCAAGGAGCCGGGUGCCCUCACCAUCCUCCUUCACGGUUCAGGCCUUCAGAGACCAGCGCCUUCGAAGUCCGUCGAUGCUAAAGGAAAAGGACCAACGACAACUGAAGUCCCGUCGACUACGUCCUACUCAGCAGAAAUCGAUGAUGUCGAGCUCGUUUCAAAAACCUCUCAGAUCCUCGACCUUCUCCCAGACCUUUCAACUCAAUACGUCGGCAAGCUACUGAAGCAUCCCGCUUACGACGGUAAUGUCGAACGAGUAAUCGAGGCUUUGCUCGAAGGAAGCGCUCCGGAUGAAGCUACUCUGGAUUCACAACGGCAGCAACCAGUCCAAAGACAGGCCUCUCCAGUCCCAGAGAGACGAAAUAUAUUCGACGACGAAGCUGUCGACUUUAGUUCAGUACGAUUCGGGAAGAAGGCUGAAGAUGCGGCAACCCUGCUCGCCAAACCUGACCAAGGCGCCCGCGAAAGGAUGAAGGCAGACAUCCUCCGGCGGGUUGAAAUUAUGGACAUGGAAUCCGACGAAGAGGAAGAAGGUGAAGAAGAAGAUGGGGCCAAGCCCAAACCCAAGAUCGUGGCAUUCGAGGAGGAUGACGAUAUCGAGGAGCCUGUGCGGGUGCCUGGGGCAGGCGACCUGGAGGAUCCGGAAGGGGAGAGCGAGUCGGAUGGAGAGCCGGGUGCAGAGGGAACCCCUGGCGAGGUCGAUCCAGAGUAUCUGAUCGAGCAAGCCUAUGUGGCGGACCCAUCUGCCUUUGCUAGAGAUGCGGCGACGCGUCGAAGCAAGGCUCGAGCUGAGCUUAUCCAAAAGACGGGUUGGUCUCACGAGCAGAUUGAAGGAUGGGCAAUUGUUUUGGAACGAAAUCCGAAGAAGAAGGACAAGAUUUUACUCAAGCACGAGUUCAGAGGAAACGUGGCAGGUCCCCUGGAACCUCAAUCAUCGUCGGAACCUGGAAGAGGGGGACAUCACCGUGGCAGAGGGCGCGGUGGUCGUGGUGGAGGGAGAGGUGGCAGGGGCGGUGGAGGUGGAGGGCAGGGUGGAGGUCAAGGCGAAGGGUCUGGUAGUCGAGGGAACGCUCGAGGGCGUGCUUGGAAGGAUAGAAACAAAGCAACUCGCGCGAACCACGACCGUAAGCGAGGACAUGACAAGAAGAUGGCUAGGGCUGGCGGUCCGUCUUAG